UUGAUCCCAGAGCAAUGCUAUGGUGACGGUCUGGACACGGUUUAACCUGAGCUGAGCGUCACUGACCAACAACCACAACCUGAACCAGUGAACCUGAGCCCGGACACAGCGAAGCACGGCUGCCAGCUCACAUGCGGUAGUGUUUCUGCUCUGUGGGAGGUUCGGUGGCUCUUCUCUCUGCUGCUGAUGGAGCACAUCCGUCUACCAAAGGUGGAGAAUGUCAGGCUUCUGGACAGAGUCUCAUCCAGGAGGAGGAGGGUGGGCACCCUCUACCUGACAGCCACACACUCCAUCUUUGUGGAGAGUGAGGCUGGAGUGCGCAAUGAAACAUGGGUGCUUCACAGUUUGGUGUGCAGUGUGGAGAAACAAGCUGCCACAGCCUCAGGGUGUUCUCUGCUCAUUCGCUGUAAGAACUUCCAGGUUCUUCAUCUUGUCAUUCCUCGAGAGCAGGAGUGCCAGGAUGUCCUUCUGUCCCUGCAGCGUCUCUCUCAGCCAGAGAGUUAUGCUGAGCUGUAUUGCUUCUCCUACAAGCCAAACAUUGAUGAAGAGGAGCGGCGCCAGGAAUGGGACUUUUUGGACCUCAAGGCUGAUUACAGCAGAAUGGGACUCCCAAACUCCCUGUGGAAGCUCUCCCCCAUCAAUCGACACUACAAGGUGAGCGACACAUAUCCGGCUGACCUCUUUGUCCCCGAGUCUGCCACACCUCCAGUCAUUGUGGGGAGCUCCAAGUUCAGAAGUAGAGGCAGAUUCCCCACUCUCUCCUACUACUCCAAAGAAAAUCAGGCUGCCAUCUGCCGCAGCAGCCAGCCGCUGUCAGGUUUCAGCGCUCGCUGCCUAGAGGACGAACAGAUGCUGGAGGCCAUAUUGAGGUCCAAUCCCCGCAGUGACUUCAUGUAUGUGGUGGACACCAGGCCUAAGCUGAAUGCGAUUGCAAACCGAGCUGCAGGAAAAGGAUAUGAAAAUGAAGACAACUACAACAACAUCAAAUUUCAGUUUAUGGGCAUCGAGAACAUCCAUGUCAUGAGAAACAGCCAACAAAAAAUGCUGGAAGUGUGUGAGCUGCGUUCUCCCUCCAUGUCGGACUUCCUGGAGGGUCUGGAGAGCUCAGGCUGGCUGAAACACAUCAAAGCUGUUUUGGAUGCAGGUAUCUUCAUCGCCAAGGCUGUUGCAGAGGAGGGUGUCAGUGUCCUUGUUCACUGUUCAGACGGUUGGGAUCGCACUGCUCAGGUGUGUUCAGUGGCUUGUGUGCUGCUGGAUCCCUACUACAGGACGCUCCGAGGACUCAUGUAUCUCAUCGAAAGAGAGUGGAUCUCAUUUGGACACAAGUUCUCUCAUAGGUGCAACCACCGGGUUGGAGACCCUAAGGAGGUGUCUCCCAUCCUCGAUCAGUUCCUGGAGUGUGUGUGGCAGCUGAUGGAGCAGUUCCCAUGUGCCUUUGAGUUCAGUGAGAGGUUCCUCUGCACCAUUCACAGCCACAUCUACUCCUGCCAGUAUGGCAACUUCAUUGGCAACAACCAGCGGGAGAGGAUCGAGCUGGGACUGCGUGAGAGAACUCACUGUUUGUGGAAUUAUCUAUGGACGAAUCGUUCAGACUUCAUCAACCCUCUGUACAGACCAGACCACAGCCAGACUCAGGGGCUCCUCCGGCCGUCUACUGCCCCCUAUUGCUUUAAAUUUUGGAGUGGCCUGUACAACCAUUUUGACCGAGGAAUUCAUCCGCGACAGUCUGUAGAGGAUUACCUGCGCGUCAUCCAAGAUGAGACACAACAGCUGGAGGAGCAGCUGGCCUCACACAAGCAGAAAAUUGAGCAUCUAGUGCAGCAGCAGGAGUGGAGAGACACCCAGAAGGCAACAACCUUUGAUAAAAGCCCCACAGCCUGGGUACUCAGCCAUGACCUCACUGUGGCCAACACUCCUCAGGACUACACUGGGGAUUUCCUCACCAGCAGCCCCUGUCAGCCCAAAGCAGCAGACGACAGCCUGAUCCUUCCGCACCAAGACUUGAACAAAACAUCUGAAGCAAACCUCUCCAACGGCAGCGACCAGGAGUCAGGGAUCGCAGACCUGAGCUGUCGCUCACCUCUCAGUGAGGACAGCAUCAGGGAUCCAGACUCGGAUGAAGCUGCCUACUCUGCCGCCUGAGCAAAUGUAGACAAACUCUACCUGUACACUAUAGUCACCUGUCUGCUGACUAACUAACAAGACAAGUGACAUGUUCAUAUUGUGCUGUGGUCCCUCCUUCUUGCUACAUACAUAUUUACUUGUCUGUUGUAGCUAAGGGAUUUUUAUUUUUACCCCAGUGAAAAAAGGUCUGAAAGGCUUAGUGAUGUUGAACACACAAUCAUUUACUUGUUAACUUUAACACUGAGGUGUUUGUGAACUGAGUAUGGAAGUAUGAGCACUUUUUUUUUUCUUCCUGUCUUCCGUACACUUUAUUUAACCAUUAAGCUUUUAGCUUUAAAUAUGAACAAUUUAAAAAAAAGGAAAACGCUGCUAUAAGUUUAGUUCACAACAGCUUUAUUCCCAAAACGAAAAGCAUCGUCAGGUAUAAAACAAAUAUGUGACAGGACAUUUAAUAUAACAACAAACAAAUCACCAGUUCUACUUGUAGGCUACUUUCCCAUAAAUAAUAAUAAUAAUCUGAAUAUGAAAAACUGUUUCUGCUGAUGACCACUGCUAUUCGCAGACAGUCAGGGUUCAGGAUUUCAGUCUGGCUUGCAGAAGCAAUAAUCCAGUUCUUUAUAUUAUGAACUACAGUCACUCUGUAGGCCACAGUGACCUCAGCUGGGUUUUGGAGUCAUUACACUGUUAGUUGUGCUUGAUUGACACUGUGUGAUCUACACCUGUGUAUACAUGAUACCAAAUGAUAUUAACGCUACCAGUUGUGGAAGAAAAUAAGCUUUUAGAUUUUAUUGUAGACAAAACAACGUUAUACAUUCCUGCACACAAUAUCUCAGUGCUGAUUUAUUGGGAUUUACCAAAGGGAAUCAUGAACCAGCAGACGAGCAUGAGAACACACACACACACACAUAUUUAAGAAAGCAAAUUACUGACUGACCUUUUGAUUAUUUUGUGCCAUCUUAAGUGUGAAAUUAGGAUUUGAACUGAAUUAGUGUUGUAGGCAUUACUGUAUAGAUGCACUCUAGUACUGCAAAGGAACAAUGUACAGAUUAUUCAGGAAAGCAUGUGAACAUAUUUUUGUACUUUGACCUAAAUUGACAAGUGCAAUUUUCUUUUGAUGCAUGUUUUUAUUUGUAUCACAGGGCUUAAAAUGUCUGGUCAUACGGACGUUUGAAAAUGUGUAAAAGAGAGCUUUAUUUUGCCGAGUUUGUUUCUUCUGUCCGAAAGAUUUCUCCAAAACUGUGUCAACAUUCUUGUGAAAUAAAUAAAUAGACAAAUAAAUAAUGAAAUACUGCUGUCAGUCAUAUAUUCCAAUAAAUAUUGAUUGUGUUAUUG